AUGACUUCUGUCCCCACAGCCAGCUGGAACGUGAGCAUGAGCAGGAGGUGGAACAUGAGUCUUGCUGCAGCAGGUGAUCCCUGGGGACAGGCGCUGGGGGUGCCAGCUGGAAAUGCUUCUCCCCCUGUAGCAUCCUCAGCAGCCAACUUCUCCAAUCAGUUUGUGCAACCCUCUUGGCGCAUUGCCCUGUGGUCUCUGGCUUAUGGUGGUGUGGUGGCAGUUGCCGUUUUUGGAAAUCUCAUUGUCAUCUGGAUUAUCCUGGCUCACAAGCGCAUGAGGACAGUGACCAAUUACUUCCUGGUGAACUUGGCCUUCUCCGAUGCCUCCAUGGCUGCCUUCAAUACUCUCAUCAACUUCAUCUACGCGCUGCACAGCGAGUGGUACUUUGGAGAGGCUUACUGCCGCUUCCACAACUUCUUCCCAAUCACAGCUGUCUUCGCCAGCAUCUACUCCAUGACAGCGAUAGCGGUGGACAGAUACAUGGCUAUUAUCGAUCCCUUGAAACCUAGGCUCUCUGCAACUGCUACCAAGGUGGUCAUUGGGAGCAUAUGGAUUUUGGCUUUCCUGUUGGCCUUUCCCCAGUGCCUGUACUCCAUAACCAAGGUGAUGCCUGGGAGAACUCUUUGCUAUGUAGCAUGGCCAGGUGGUCCAAAACAGCAUUUUACGUAUCACAUCAUUGUAAUUGUGCUGGUCUACUGCUUUCCACUGCUUGUCAUGGGCAUCACUUAUUCCAUAGUGGGAAUUACCCUCUGGGGAGGAGAAAUACCAGGCGACACAUCCAACAAAUAUCAUGAGCAGCUCAAAGCUAAGAGAAAGGUGGUAAAAAUGAUGAUUGUGGUUGUGCUGACAUUUGCCAUCUGCUGGCUGCCCUACCACAUUUACUUCAUAGUUACCGGGAUCUAUCAACAAUUAAAUCGGUGGAAAUACAUUCAGCAAAUCUAUUUGGCCAGCUUUUGGCUUGCCAUGAGCUCUACCAUGUACAAUCCCAUUAUCUACUGUUGUCUUAACAAGAGGUUCCGAGCUGGCUUCAAGCAAGCGUUCCGCUGGUGCCCCUUCAUUGAGGUGUCCAGCUAUGACGAGCUGGAGCUCAAGGCUGCCAGGUUCCAUCCCACCCGGCAAAGCAGCCUUUACGCUGUGUCCAGAAUGGAGUCUAGCAUGACGGUGGUGUUCGACACUAUUGAUGGAGACAACAGCCAAGCCAGCCGUAAGAAAAGAGCAGCUCCGAGGGACACCGGUUUCAAUGGCAAUUCCAAGACCAUCUCCACAGCCUCAAGUCUCAUCAGUUCACUGCACACGUCGGUAGAUGAUUAUUCCUAA